CCAACCCCGGUAAUUAAACCCACCCCAAAUCUUAAUCCGCUCCCCAAAAUCCCCAAAUCUCCCCUCAGAUUCCAGCUCCUCAAUCACUCAAUCCCUCUCGAUCCCUGCUCAAAGCUGAAUCUCAAGCUUCUUACGUCUCUUCGACUCGAUCAGAUCUCUGGAUCCCUGGAUUCUGAACCCUAAUAAUGAUUGAUUUUAUUGUUUUCGAGCGAUGAAUAUCGUUAAGGGCGUCACCGAUUUUCUCCGGCGGUCCUCCGGUGGUCAAGCUGGUGAAGGCGGUUCAUGGGGCUUUGCGGAGAAGUUCUCUGCACCCUCGGUGAAAAUUCGGUUUUGUGAUACCGGCGAAGAAGCGGUAUUAAAUACACUUUGGCAAAGUUAUCAAAAUGCUAUUGAUAAGAUGGAGAAAAGGAAGCUGCUGCAAGCAUUUCUCUUGCAAUUUAUUCAAACAUACAAAAAUUGGCAGCCUGUGUAUAAUGACCAGUUACAAAUGGAACCAACAUUAUCCGAAGAUACUGUGCUUGGAUGCUCUUAUGGACAUCCUUCUGAUGUUACUCUUAUUCUAGUUCAAGAGAUUGCCCGGAUAACUACUCUUGUUACUGAGUUAAACAACAAUGAUGCAUCGCAAGUGAAUCCUGAUCUUUCAGAGCCAUCUACAAGCUUGAAUUUUAGUACUGAAGCACUGGAUAUUUUGAACUGCAUGUCAAUCAUUACUCGCUCCAUGCACAAUUGCAAAGUGUUUAGUUACUACGGAGGGGUGCAAAAGGUCACUGCUCUUUUGAAAGCUGCAGUUGUACAGCUCAAGACAUUGAGUGCUACUCUUUCAAUUGAUGAAAAAUUAUCAAAUUCAAAUGUAGAAAAGACUAGGAUUUUGCAGAAGAUACUUCUAUACGUGGUUUCCGUAAUGUACAGUUUCAUGGAACUGCAUUCAGUUGACUUUGAAAAGUUAAAAUGUGUAGAUGUCGGCAAAUAUUUCCUAUCAGGGGAGUCUUUUUUUCAGGCUUCUUCUAGUACUGCAAAUAAAGCUGCCUCUGAAGAAAGGCUCCAUUGGCAGCAGAAGUCGGUUGUCUUGGUAAUGGAAGCUGGCGGUGUAAAUUGGUUAGUAGAGCUUUUGCGGGUCAUCAGAAGACUUAAUCUGAAAGAACAAUGGACCGAUCUGUCUCUCCACUGUCUAACUCUGGGCACCCUCAGAUCAGCCUUAUCUCAAAAUCCCCGGGCUCAAAAUCAUUUCAGAAGCAUUGGAGGACUUGAAGUUCUCCUGGAUGGGCUUGGCGUUCCUUCAAAUAAAUAUUCAGUUUCAAAGAGCACCUUUGUCUCAGGCAAUCAGAGAUAUCAGAGCCAAAAUUUUGGAAAUUUUCAGCUCCAGAUAUUUUCAUUGGAAGUGCUAAGAGAGUCUGUCUUUGGAAAUCUGACUAAUUUGCAGUAUCUCUGUGAAAAUGGUCGAAUACAUAAGUUUGCGAACAGUAUAUGCUGGCCCGCUUUUAUGAUUCAGGAGUUUCAUCAAGAGCACUUGGGCUCAUCUGUGUCAGAUUCCCAACUAGUCAACUUGUAUGUCACAGAAUGCAGUCCUGAAGUUACACCGAUAGAACAUCAAGAUCGAAUAGAGAGUUUUAAUAUAACUCAGUGGAAUGAUUACUGUAUCAAAAUAAGCCAAGCACUUUGUUCUUUCCUUCUUGCUCCUGAAGACCUUAAGUUUCACAAUGACCAGGAUUUGGUGGCUCAAUGUUCCAUGCCUGUCUCACCAGCCUAUUGGGAACUAUCUACAAGAUGGAUCAUCAAGAUUGUGUUCACUCUUUUCCCAUGCAUUAAAGCUUGCUCUGGCGAAAGGAAACUGCCAACCCAUAUCAGGAUUUUAGCCAACACUUUGCAACAUUACAUCUUAUGCACAUUCAGAAAGGUUCUUGUUUCUGCAUCCGUUCUACUUAAAGUUUUUAGGGAAGAGGAAAUUUGGGAGCUAAUAUUCUCGGAGAAGUUCUUUUACUUUCGUCAACCAUCAGAAGAAGUUCUAUUGGAUAUUGGAGAUCAUUCUGAGGGACUGAAGACACAUGAUCUAUUUUCUGGCUCUGGGAGCACCAAGGAUCAUGCAAAACCUUCAGGAGUUGAUGUUCUUCAAGUGGAAGCAAUCUCCUUCUUGGAAUUUGCUGCUACACUUAAAGGAAAUACAAAUAACUUGCCAGAAUGCUCUGUACUGUUGGAUACUCUAGAGCAAUGUAUUUGUACCCCUGAGAUUGCCAAAAUAUUUUUGAAAAGCCUGCAUAGGAUACUCCAGCUCUCAGUUGCACAGACUCUUUCUUCUUUUAGGUCUUUAGAUGCAAUUGCUCGGGUGCUCAAGGUGGCAUGUAUUCAGGUUCAAUUAUUUAGAAAGAAAAAUGUUUUACCUCAUUCUGAAGAUCUUACUGGAGAAUGUUCUAAACUUAAUAGCAUUAAGUUGGCUGAUACUUUGGAGACCACUAAUAAUGGGUUUAAAUGUGUGGAAUUCUCGAUGGAGCUCUUUAAUGAAUAUCUCAUAUUGGAGGAGAAUGCCAAAAGUUUGAUCCUACAGAAUUCCACCUGUAUUGAUUGCUUGUUUGAUCUCUUUUGGGAAGAAAGUAUCCGAACACGUGUGUUGGAGCAUGUUCUCUCAUUACUCAAGUUGCUGCCACAGCUCCCUGAGGAUCAAAUGGCAAAGUUACAUUUGUGCUCUAAAUUCUUAGAAACCUUUACCCGAGCGAAGGAAAGGGAGAAAUUUUUUGCUGAAUUGUCAAUUGAUCUGCUGGUUAUCAUCAGAGAAGUCAUUUUGAUUGAUCAAGUGUAUUAUCAGAAUUUGUUUCGUGAUGGAGAGUGCUUCCUUCACAUUGUAUCUCUAUUAAAUGGGACAUUUGAUGAGAGGAUUGGUGAGCAGUUGGUCCUGAAUGUUCUGCAGACAUUAACCAUGCUGCUUAGGGGAAACAAUGACGCAAAGGUUACGUUUAGAGCUCUUGUGGGUGCUGGUUACCAAACUCUGCAGAGUCUUCUCUUGGAUUUUUGCAAGUGGCAACCAAGCGAGGGACUUCUGAAUGCUCUUCUCGACAUGCUUGUGGAUGGAAAUUUUAACCUUAAAGAAAAUUAUGUAAUAAAGAAUGAAGAUGUGAUUUUACUCUUCUUUAACAUCCUGCAAAAGAGCAGUGUGUUACUGCAGCAGUAUGGGCUUGAUGUUUUCCUGAAUUUGCUGGAUGAGUCCAUCACCAAUCGCAUGUCAUGUUCCAAAGCAGGAAUACUUAGUUUUCUUCUUGAUUGGUUUGCUGUAGAAGAAAAUGAUAGUACAUUUGCAAAAAUCUCACAGCUAAUUCAAAUUGUUGGAGGGCAUAGCAUAUCUGGGAAGGACAUUCGUAAAAUUUUUACUCUUCUCCGAAGGGAGAGAAUUGGAUCAACUGAAAAACAUAGUUCAAUGCUUUUGACGAGUAUGUGUUCUAUGCUCAAGGAAAAAGGACCCGAGGCCUUUUUUGAGUUUAAUGGCUGCAACUCUGGGAUUGUUCUAGAAAAGCCUGUACAAUGGCCCUAUAGUAAGGGAUUUUCAUUUUCUUGUUGGCUCAGGAUAGGGGAUUUCCCUGAGAAUGGUAUGAUGGGCCUUUUUAGUUUUCUUGCGGAUAGUGGAAGAGGGUGCUCGGCAGUGCUUGGAAAGGACAGGCUAAUAUUUGAGUCCAUUAGCCAAAAGCGACAGUGCGUUUCGCUGGUUCUUAAUCUUCAGCCCAGAAAGUGGCACUUCCUUUGCAUAACUCACAGUAUAGGCAGAGCAUUUUCUGGUGGAAGUCUACUUAGAUGUUAUGUUGAUGGAAAUUUGAUAUCGUCUGAAAAAUGCAGGUAUGCAAAAGUUAGUGAUGUUUUGACACACUGUACAAUCGCAACGGAGCAGAAACCUAUAUAUGAUGAGAGCUAUCCAUUCACUGUGGAAAAAGUAUAUCCUUUCACUGGACAAAUUGGUCCAAUCUAUAUGUUUGGCGAUGCACUUUCUUCAGAGCAGAUAAAGGGUGUUCGCUAUCUUGGGCCAAGUUACAUGUAUUCAUUUCUUGGUGAUGAAGUUCCACUUGCUUCUGACAAUUCACUCUAUAGUGGAAUUCUUGAUACAAAAGACGGCCUCUCAUCUAAGAUCAUUAUUGGUCUAAAUGCUCAGGCCAGUGAUCGUAAAUCCUUGUUUAAUAUCACAUCAGCGCUUUAUAGUUUUUCUGACAGGAGUUCAUAUGAAGCAGUAGUUAUUGGUGGCACACAGCUCUGCUCUCGCCGCCUGCUGCAAGAAAUUAUCUAUUGUGUUGGCGGUGUCUCAGUAUUUUUUCCACUUUUGAUACAGAUAGAUAAAUCUGAAACAGACAGUGGACAGUAUAAAUAUACAUUGAUUAAGUCAAGAAUGAGAGAGAAACUUGCAGCUGAAGUUAUUGAGCUUAUAGCAUCUGUCUUGGAUGGAAAUCUGUCAAAUCAACAACAGAUGCAUCUUCUAUCGGGGUUUUCCAUCCUUGGAUUUCUCUUUCAAUCUAUUCCUCCUCAACAAUUAAAUUUAGAGACUCUCUCAUCUUUGAAAAACAUGUUUGGCAUCUUGACGAACUACGGUGUAUCUGAUCUGCUAAUUAAGGAGGCUAUUUCGCGAGUUUACUUGAAUCCACAUAUAUGGGUAUAUGCAAAUUAUGAAGUGCAACGGGAUCUUUAUAUGUUCCUCAUUCAAUAUUUUGAAAAUGAUGGAAGCUUGUUGCCAACGGUAUGUAACCUCCCACGGAUUAUUGAUAUCAUUAGACAAUUUUACUGGGAUAAAGCGGAGUCUCGGUCUUCUAUCGGGAGCAAGCCACUUUUGCAUCCAAUAACCAAAGAAGUUAUCGGAGAGAGACCAAGACAAGAAGAAGUUCGUAAGAUCCGUCUUCUUCUAUUGAGUCUUGCAGAGAUGGGUUUAAGGGAGAAGGUUUCACCUCCUGAUAUAAAGUCCCUAGUUGGUUUCCUUGAGAGGAGCCAGGAUAUGGUAUGCAUCGAGGAUGUAUUGCACAUGGUUAUCCGUGUUCUUUCCCAAAAGGAAUUUCUGGCAUCUUUCUUCGAGCAAGUUAAUUUACAUGGUGGCUGUCACUAUUUCAUUAAUCUUCUUCAGAGGGAGUUAGAGCCUAUCAGAUUGCUCGGUUUGCAGUUUCUUGGUAAACUCUUAGUUGAGCUUCCCUCAGUGAAGAAAGAAUUAAAGUUUUUUAAUUUUUCAGUCGGACGUUCCAAAUCUAUUUCGGAAAAUUUUAAGAAAGUGGGAAAUUCAAUGCCGCAACCUAUUUUUUCUGCGAUAUCUGAAAGACUGUUUAAGUUUCCGUUAUCAGAUCAUCUGUGUGCCACUCUAUUUGAUGUUCUACUUGGUGGUGCCAGUCCUAAACAGGUCUUGCAGAAAUCUACUCAGUCCGACAGGCAGAAAAAUAAGAAAAACAAUUCUCACUUUGUUCUCCCGCAAAUCUUGUCGUGUAUCUUCAAAUUUUUGGAAAACUGCGAUACUUCAUCACGUGCUAAAGUUUUAGGAGAUUUAGUUGAUCUGCUUGAGUCAAAUCCUUCAAAUAUUGAAGCUCUAAUGGAAAAUGCUUGGACUUCCUGGUUAGUAACAUCUGUGAAGCUUGAUCUGGAUAUUUCAAAUAUCGAGGAACUAAUACUUGUGCGGAAGCUGUACUGUAUUGUUCUGUCUCACUGCUUGUAUUCUGUCAAAGGUGGUUGGCAACAGUUAGAAGAGACCAUAAACUUCCUUCUCCUGAACUAUAAAAAGGGGGAUGUACUUUAUGCCAAUAUGCUCCGCGAAAUCUUUGAAGAUGUAAUUGGUAGUCUCAUUGAAGUAUCUUCUGCUGAAAACAUUUUUUUCACACAACCUUGUCGAGACAAUACAUUGUAUCUUCUGAGACUUUUGGAUGAGUUGCUAAUUAGUGAAAGUGCUGAUAAACUUCUGUUUCCUGGACUUGGCAAUUAUUCGGAAUUCUCUUCCCAUCGUCCGCAUCAAGAAAGCCAAAAAGAUAUAACAGAUACUGUAAAUGAGAUAGUGAAUAAUGAACUUGAUGACCAACCUCCACGAAUUCCUUGGAGUUCUAAGUAUGCCCAUGCGGAUGGCGGUAUGCUGGAGGAUGAAUGGUGGUCAGUAUAUGAUAAAACAUGGGUUAUUAUCAUUGAAAUGAGUGGAAAAGGCCCAGGCAAGGUAUUACCUAAAAGUUUGGCUGCACCAUCUCUUAGCCAGAGAGCUCGUGGUUUGGUAGAAUCAUUGAAUAUUCCUGCCGCUGAAAUGGCUGCUGUGGUUGUAGCUGGAGGAAUAGGCAUAGGUAGUGCAUUAAGUGGGAAGACGAAUAAAUCUAUUGAUAAAGCUAUGUUGUUAAGAGGAGAGAAGUUCCCCCGAAUUGUAUUCCAUCUUGUAACUCUCUACCUCCGCAAAGCCAGUUUGGAAAAGGCAUCAAGAUGUGUCCAACAGUUCAUUUUGCUUCUCCCUUCUCUUCUUACUGCUGAUGAUGAUCAAAGCAAGAACAGGCUGCAGUAUUUUAUUUGGUUUUUACUAACAGUGAGAUCACAGUAUGGAAUGCUUGAUGAUGGUGCUCGUUUUCAUGUUAUAUCACACCUGAUCCUUGAAACAUUGAACUUUGGAAAGUCUAUGCUUGUCAGUAGUAUCUUGGGUAGGGAAGAGUCAUUUGAAGUCAGCAGCAAUGCGAUGGAUGCAGGAUCCAUUUUUAAUCUAAUCCAGAAUGAUCGGGUUCUUGCUGCAGUUGUUGAUGAAGCAAAAUACGUGAAGGCUACAAAAGCUGACCGCUUAAAGCAAACACAGGAUCUUCAUGUUAAAUUGGAGGAAUAUUCUUCUUUAGAGCAUAAUCACUGGAAGGCCUUUGAAGAAGAGACUCAGUGUAGCAUUAAUGCGGUUCUUUUAUCAGAUGACAAUAGAAGAACUGCUUUUCAGCUUGCCUAUGAUGAGGACCAACAGAUGAUUGCUGAGAAAUGGAUUCGUAUCUUCCGUGCUUUAGUUGAUGAGAGAGGGCCAUGGUCUGCUAAUCCUUUCCCAAAUAGCAUAAAGACACACUGGAAACUUGAUAAGACGGAAGAUUCUUGGCGGCGUAGAAUAAAACUAAAGCGUAACUAUAAAUUUGAUGAAAGGCUUUGUCACCCUCCAGUGAACAAGUCAUCCAGUGAAACCAGCCAUAUGGCAAGUGCAAGCCACAUGGGUGCUGGGGGCAGUGUUCCUGAGCAAAUGAAACGUUUUCUUUUGAAAGGAGUGCGUGGAAUACUCGAAGAAAUGAGCUCAGAAAUUGGUGAAGACGCUAGUGACUUAACUCCAGAAACUGAAUCUAUCCUUAGUGAUUCCUCUGAGAGCCAGAAUUCCAACCAUAUAAAAGACAGCCCUGAUCACUUGGAAACUGUUCAGGACAGGAAUGAGAUUCCCUCUAGUAUUAUAGAGGGUGAAACAAGUGAGGUUGACUUGUCACGUCCUUGUGUGCUUGUGAAUCCGAAGCGGAAGUUAGCAGGUCAUUUAACUGUCAAGAAGAAUGUUAUGCACUUCUUUGGUGAGUUUUUAGUAGAAGGUACAGGAGGAUCGUCUGUAUUUACUAAUUUUCCAGACACAAACAGCUCUGAUGCUAAAAAAUUGGAUCAAGUGGGUGUAACACAAAAGCAAAUCUCCCAUAAAGGGCAAUUAAAUAUUAAUCCCACUCAAGGGAAAGCCAAUGUUGCUGAAAACAUAGACACAGAAGCUUUAGGACAUAAUCAAACUAAAUAUAAACGCCACAGGUGGUGGGAUGUCUCCAAGAUAAAAGCAGUUCAUUGGACUCGAUAUCUGUUACAAUAUACAGCUAUCGAGGUCUUCUUUAGUAAUUCAGUUGCACCUGUUUUUCUGAAUUUUUCUUCCCCAAGAGAUGCUAAACAUGUAGGGACACUGCUGGUAUCUUUGAGGAACGAGCUUUUAUUCCCGAAAGGAAGCUACAGAGAUAAGAAUGAAAUUAUUUCUUUCAUUGAUAGACGUAAAGCAGUUGAGAUGGCAGAAAUUUUCAGAGAGAGUUGGAGAAGAAGUGAAAUCACCAACUUUGAAUAUUUAAUGGUUCUCAAUACGCUUGCAGGGAGAUCCUAUAAUGAUUUGACACAGUAUCCCAUAUUUCCUUGGGUGUUGGCUGAUUAUUCAUCAGAGAAACUUGAUUUCAACAAGUCAUCUACUUUCAGAGACCUUUCAAAACCAGUUGGUGCUUUGGACCCGAAACGUUUUGAGGUGUUUGAGGAUAGAUAUCGUAACUUUUGUGAUCCUGAUAUUCCUAGCUUUUAUUAUGGAUCUCACUACUCUAGCAUGGGGAUCGUGCUCUUUUACCUGCUUAGGUUAGAGCCUUUUACAGCUUUGCACCGUAACUUGCAGGGUGGAAAGUUUGACCAUGCAGACCGCCUUUUUCAAAGCAUCGAAGGCACAUACCGCAACUGCCUCUCUAACACUAGUGACGUGAAGGAGCUCAUUCCGGAGUUCUUUUACAUGCCUGAAUUUCUUUUGAACUCUAAUUCUUAUCACCUUGGAGUGAAACAGGAUGGUGAACCAUUAGGUGAUGUUGCUCUCCCACCAUGGGCAAAGGGUUCACCUGAAGAAUUUGUUAACAAAAAUCGAGAAGCACUGGAGAGUGAGUAUGUCAGUUCCAAUCUCCAUAACUGGAUAGAUUUAGUGUUUGGUUACAAGCAGCGUGGAAAAUCAGCAGUAGAGGCGGCGAACGUAUUUUAUUACUUGACCUAUGAAGGUGCCGUUGACUUGGAGAGUAUGGACGAUGCAUUGCAAAGAUCUGCAAUUGAGGACCAGAUUGCAAAUUUUGGGCAGACACCUAUUCAGCUUUUUCGUAAAAAACAUCCAAGAAGAGGGCCUCCAAAUCCUCUUGCUCAUCCUUUAUAUUUUGCUCCUGCAUCAAUCCAGUUGUCUUCUAUCACUUGUAACAUUUUCAGCCCUCCAUCUGCUGUACUAUUUGUGGGUGUAUUGGACUCGAAUAUAGUGGUCGUGAGUCAAGGCCUCACUAUAUGUGUGAAAUCCUGGUUGACUACUCAAUUACAAUCUGGUGGAAACUUCACAUUUUCAGGAUCCCAGGAACCAUUUUUUGGGAUAGGUGCCGAUGUCCUCAACCCCCGUAAAAUUGGUACUUCCUUUGUGGAUAGCAUUGAGUUUGGAAGACAGUGUUUGGCAACAAUGCAAUCUCUUGGUGAAAAUUAUCUGAUCUUGUGUGGCAAUUGGGAAAAUAGCUUCCAGGUAAUAUCUCUAAAUGACGGACGGGUGGUACAAAGCAUUCGGCAGCACAAAGAUUUGGUCAGCUGUGUGGCAGUCACAUCUGAUGGAAGUACACUUGCUACUGGAAGCUAUGACACAACCGUCAUGAUAUGGAGAACUUACAGGUCACUGGAGAAGAGAUCUCGAAAUUUACAAGCCGAUUUCUUUCGGAAAGAUCAUAUCAUUAUUGGGAACCCCUUCCAUAUUCUCUGUGGCCAUGAUGAUGUCAUUACAUGCUUGUUUAUUAGUUUAGAGCUUGACAUAGUCAUCAGUGGAUCAAAAGAUGGUACUUGUGUCUUCCAUACUCUUAGGGAGGGAAGAUACGUAAGAUCAAUUCAACAUCCAUGUGGUUCUGCCAUAUCAAAGCUAGUAGCAUCAAAGCAUGGGCGCUUAGUGCUUUAUGCUGACAGUGAUCUCAGUCUCCAUAUGUAUUCCAUUAACGGGAAGCACAUUGCCUCUUCUGAAUCAAAUGGCCGCCUCAACUGUAUUGAGCUUAGUCCCUGUGGAGAUUUUCUAGUUUGUGCUGGUGAUCAUGGACAAGUAGUCGUUUGCUCGAUGCAUUCACUUGAUGUCCUAAAUAGAUAUGAUGGCAUUGGAAAGAUAAUUACGUCAUUGGCUGUGACUCCAGAAGAAUGCUUCUUGGCAGGGACUAAAGAUGGUAAUAUCUUGAUAUAUUCAAUAGAAAAUCCUCAUGUCCGGAAGAGUAGCCUUCCACGCAACUCAAGGUCAAAAAGUGUUGCAGUGGGAUAAACCAUUUGAAUAGCAGUUUCUUACAGUUCAUUAUCAACAUUUUGCUUGUGGGUGGCAUCACUGGAUGGUGAAAAUGUAUGAAUUUGUCACUGUGCAGAACUAGAGUAACUAGCUGAGUGUGGUGCUGACCUCUGUGGACUUCUCCAUAUGCAUUGUUCGGUGUUGCUACGAAAAAAUUUAGCAUGCCCUGCAAGUGCAUUGGCCAAACAGAGCAUCCUAAGGACAGGAGGAAGAGUAGAGGAGGGAGGGAUGGAGGGGGAUGGGGCUCUUCAUUGUUGAUUUUUGUGGGAACAUUGCUUAUUCUUCUUAUUGUAACAUAUAAUUCAGAAUUAAUUUACACGAGAAUAGAGAUCAGACAAUAACAAUCGACACGAGCUACCAACCUCUUCCAGGACACCUGACUAUAACCUUCGGAGUGCAAGUGAGAAAUACAUACAAAGUGUAUGACUUAUAUGUACAGAUGUGCCCUCUAUUUAUGCAAUUAUGUACUUGUAUUGAUUCGGAGCUUAUUUACAUACGAUAUCGUGCGCGUGUUGUAAGUAUGAACUCUUUUCACCUAAGUUUCGGUGUUCUAACUAAUACUAGCUGAAACAUUGUAAUGCGUGAGAGACCGGUAUAAAAUCACAUUUGUAUGCCUUA